AUGCCACCAAGAAACACACGAACUCCUAGCACCAGCAACGGAUCACCUCUUAGUCCUCCACCCGGAAAUGGAGCUCGUCCAAACCCGGCCUCUACUACUUCCCCUCUUGCGAUGUCGUCUCCUCACCAUCUCAGGCGACCACCUGCUGACAACCAGGUCUUGAAAAAGGUUCAAAGCCUCUCUACCGACGAUCAAAGAAUCUUUCUCGCUCAUGAUUUCGAAAAAGUUAGCAAGAAGCCCACAAAAUUACGAUAUUACAACAUUAUACACCUUUUCAAACCGGAUUCACCGAGAAAACCUACCGAUCUCAAGGAUUUACUCAAAGAUGACUUCAUAAAACAAAUCAGACCAAUACUCAAGCCAUACAUAUUACCGGCCCCUAUAGUCUCAAUGGAUACUGAUCAAGAAGCAGAUUUCGAUCCCCUUGGACGCAGGACUACCCGGCAGAUGCUUGUAAAAGCGAUUGAACGAAAGUCCACAGAAACUACGAUACCCGCUAGUGCCAAUAUUGAUGAUGUCCUAAUUCUAUACAAGCAUUACGUUGAUUGUGAUCUGAAACUUCCCACAAACCAACGAUUCAUUGCAAGACCUCGAACUGUUCCUAUUCAACGUCUCAAGGGUGAAAGUAUUGAGGAUAUUCUUCUUGCUCUGCGUUAUUAUUGCCCUUGUUUAUUUGUUAGAUCCUUGGCCAUGAACAAGGAUACUCUUAUGGAUAUCUACAUACAAUUUAUUCAUGACGAACGUCCUCACAGUCCACUCAUUCCUGGUUAUCAUUACACGAUCUUGGCGCUAGGGCCCUCAGAUUUUGACAUUGACACUAAAGUCGAGGGUCAGUUUCAGUCUUCUCUGUUUUUCUUCUUUCAUACAGGCAAACAGGAUUCAGCAGAACAAUUAACAUCAAGAUUUCUUUCUUAUUCUCAUCAAUUCUCAGGAAGAUAA